UGCCAAUUAUUUUUGAAGUGAUUCAAUUUCCAGAGUUGCGAAUCAAUGUGAUGGUCAGUGGAUGUGGAGUGACAGCAAAUAGUCUUACACUUUUUUUUGUUUUUUUAGAGAAAACCUUCUUUUUUUAGAAAAGCGUCUGUACAGUAGCACAGGCCUUGUUAGAAAUUGUGGCCUAAACAACGUCCUAAUUUUGGGCCCUGAAGGCCCAUAACUGAAGCACACAGUCAGAACCAAACAAACGGAGCCUGGCAGGCAGACCCGUCUGAUCGCUGACCGCCGGCCACUCUCCGCUCCCGCCGCCGCCGCCGCCGCCAUGGGGAACUUCCGCAAGCUUGGCCGCCACGCCGCCCACCGCGUCUCCAUGCUCAGGACGAUGGUGUCGCAGCUGGUGAAGCACGAGCGGAUCGAGACCACCGUCGCCAAGGCGAAGGAGGUGCGGCGGAAAGCAGAUCAGAUGGUGCAGCUCGGCAAAGAUGGUACACUUGAUGCCGCAAGACGUGCCUCGGCAUUUGUUCGGGGUGAUGACGUCGUUCACAAGUUAUUCACAGAGCUUGCGUACCGCUACAAGGAUCGAGCUGGUGGGUAUACAAGACUAUUGCGAACCAGGAUACGAAUUGGCGAUGCUGCACCAAUGGCUUACAUCGAGUUUGUCGACCGGGAGAAUGAACUUCGAGAGGCCAAACCUGCGACUCCACCGCCACCCCAGUGUGCCCCUCUUGAUCCAUGGACCAAGUCCCGUGCCAGCCAACAGUGGGCAGGGCCUAAAGUCAGCCAGAACUCCAAAACAGAAGGGCUAUGAGAACCAAAAGCAUUGUUUAUCUUUGUUUUGUGUUUCUGAGAUUUUUUUUUCAUCUUUAGACGCGCUAAUUAGGAGAUCCAUUCUGUAAGAGACUAAAAACUUAUGUUUCCACAUGAUAUCUAUAUUAUUUGUCAAGACUCAAGAAUCAUUGUGACUAGAAAUUGUUGCUGAUGUGUUAAGAGUUCAUGCUUACCGAUCA